AUGGUUUUGAGAUCAACGCUGUCAACAGGAGGACAUGACCGCGCCCAGCUCUCAACGUCUUCCCAUUCGAAUAGGCUCCCAUUGCAUGAUCUGCCUCCACAAACCUCCUUUCGUCUUAAGCAGACACCGGCGCGAGAACUCCUCUGUCUUGAAUGGUCCCAGCCACCUCGCAAUAUUCUGCUGAUCAAGAAGGACUGCUCAAAUUCGACGACUGAUGCCCUGGUCGAGUUCAACAGGCACGUCAGAAGUACUUACCCAAAUGUGAACACACUGGUUGAGCCACGGGUCUCAGACGAGCUCGGAAGUGAUUUACUCGGGCAACACUUUACGCUGCCAGAAACUGAUCAGUCAAGGCGCCAGUACCAUGAUAAGGUCGAUCUUGUCGUCACCUUUGGUGGCGAUGGCACAAUUUUGCAUGCAUCCUCAUUGUUCGCGACAGCCACAUGGGUGCCUCCCGUUCUUUCGUUCAGCAUGGGUACACUGGGGUUCCUGAGCGAGUGGAAGUUCUCUGAAUAUAAGCGAGCCUUUCGGGAAGUUUAUAUGUCGGGUGCUGCUUCAGAGCGUCAUGCUGUCAUCCAAAAUGACCAUGCAGCCAAUACUCAAGCUGCUAAGGAUUUCACAGGCUGGUCGUCGGUGCGUGGUAAGUCAAUGGGUUCGGCAAGGGGCGCAAGAGUCUUGGUUCGACAACGCCUAAAGGUCGGCAUAUUCGACGCAAAGGGAAAUCGACUCAGCAGCAACGGAGAUGGGAAGAGGGACUUCCUGCACGACAUGUACGCCAUGAAUGAAGUCAUUCUCCACCGAGGCCGAGAUCCUCAUCUUGCCAUUGUCGAUGUCUACGUUGGGGGAAGAUUCCUCACCGAAGCCGUUGCUGAUGGUAUGAUCAUAUCGACGCCGACUGGAAGCACCGCGUACAGUCUCAGCAGUGGUGGGAGCAUUGUCCACCCACUCGUUAGCUCCUUGCUCCUAACACCCAUCUGUGCCCGAAGCUUGAGUUUUCGACCUCUCGUUCUUCCUUCCACGACUCCUAUCACUCUCAAGCUCAGCGACAAAAACAGGGGUCGUGAGGUCGAGGUCAGUAUCGAUGGAAUGAGACGCACAGAGGGUAUUGGUGUCGGCACAGAGCUUCGAGUCUCCGGGGAAGAGAUCCAGACCGAGUCAGGUGCCUUUACUGGUGGUAUCCCUUGUAUAAUGCGAACAAGCAGUGCGGGAGCUGAUGGCGACGAUGGCUGGGUAGGCGGAUUGAAUGGGCUGCUCAAAUUCAACUAUCCUUUUGGUGAGGAAGGAUGA